ACAUCUUUUUUUCUUUUUAUAGGUUUAUUACUAGCAUCACCAUUUUGGGGGUCUGCUGGACUACUGGCAACAUGUAUGAUGAAUGAUUCUGAUCAUUACAAUCAAAGAUUUCAAUUUGUUUCAUUUUUGUCUUUAGUUUCAACCCCAGUAUCAUUAGUAUAUACUCUGUACCAUAAUAAUUAUUAUGGCUAUAACAAAAAAAUUACAAUGUACCCCAUUAUAUCAGUAUUAUCAUAUAUUUCAUUCUCUACUUUAUUUUUUCAUGAUAAAAAA